UUAUGAGUGUGAGAAUGAAUAGUUACAUGAUUAUGAUAUUGACAACCAACAGUUUAUUAUCCGCAUUCUUUGAAAAAUAUAAAAAUAACUCUUGUUUUCAAAUGUUCUGAAUGGCCAAUUAUAAUGAUGAACCAAUCUGCGUUUCGGCUGCUUCGCGACGAGGAAAUGCCGGUUGCUUGGAUGAUUGCUUUCAUUUUCUGAAAUGCUUCUGAUUGACAUUACAUUAGCGUUUUUUCGUUCCGGUCGUAGAAUGCAGUGGGUAUUCUGUCCUUGGAUCUGUCUUGGAAAGUGCAGUUUUUUUUGUUGUUGUUUCCCACAAUGUGGUCCGCGUAAUUGUACACCUCAAAACUAUUACUCCGAACAAAUGUUCCCCGCCGGAUUCCUGUCCCAAGCGAUGCAACACGAAUUCAUUACCUUUUUGCAGCCCUGUGGUGCAGUGUCUUUACCGAAAGGUACACAGCGUACAGUGCGUUGUGCAGUCCUCGAUAUGGCGGUGUGCUUAAUUCAAUUCGGUUGGUGCAACAGUACGAGUAACGACUACGGCCACCCGUGAAACGAGAGCCGCGCAUAAAGAAGUGGCACUGGAAACUACUACUGCCGAAAUAAAUUGACUUAGAUCUUUCGAUUUUGUGGUGCGAGUACGAGACGUAUAAAACGACCAGUUGGUCGCUGGAAAGACAUCAUUCGGCAGUACUCAUCUCACCGGACCGGUACCGGGCACCACCUCUAACCAGCGAAUUUUCCAGUGCACUAGGGAGCGCAGUUCUUAUUCCAGCGCGAGACUAUCAUGAAGGCGUUCAUCGUAUUUGCCGUGGCUUUGGCAGUCGUUGCCAGCAGCGAAGUGGAAAGUUCCAACAAGGACAAACGUAGCUUGUGGGAACACGAAUCAUUCGACGAAAGUUCGAUCAAGUUCCCGGAACACGAGCAGCAUGUGGAGGUCAAGCAUGUGGAGGUGGAGAAACACGUUCCUUACCCGGUGGAGGUCGAGAAGCAUGUCCCGUACGAGGUGAAGGUUCCCUACCCGGUCGAAGUCGAGAAGAAGGUCCCGGUGGUAGUGGAGAAGAAAGUUCCGGUCUAUAUCGAAAAGAAGGUCCCGGUCCACGUUGACCGACCCGUUCCGUACCCGGUCGAAGUGAAGGUUCCGGUCAUCCAGAAGCAGUACAUCGAAGUGCCAAAGCCAUACGCAGUUCAUGUGGAAAAGUCGGUCCCAGUGUACAUCAGCAAACCCGUGUACGUAGAAAAGCCGAUCCCAGUCACGAUUCACAUCAAGGAGCACAAGAAAAGCUUUUGGGGUUAAGCACUGUGGUGGAUUAGUUAAGUCAAUUUAGAACAGACUGAAUAAAUCGAUACUGUUUUGUUUUUUUGUUACGAAUUACAGAUUUUUACUAGCAGUA